UUCAGAUAAGUCAAGUUCUCCAUUUCACUUUCUCAAGGUGAUGAUAGCUACUUUGCGAAUUGUACAAGUUUGCAGAAAGACUUUGUUUAAAUAUGUAGAGUAUACAUUUCUAUGGUGUUAAAUUAGUCCGCAUAUAUGAACUUACUGCGCUAUCAAAUAAUUUUACUGGUGCAGUUUUUGUUAAUAUUAUAUGAUUUGUUUGCCAAUGCAUCCUCUGAAUUGUUUAGUCACGUUAAUGUUAAUCUUUCAGUUAUAUAUGUGUAAGAACAUUACAAUAUGUAAUUAUUUAUUUCAUCCUAGCGUUCAGGACCUAUGUAUACUUUUCUGUAGUUUGAUUUUUUGCCUACUUCUAUCUAGCACGUUCGUUUUUCAAGCGGGCUAUAUAAAUCUUCUCUUGUCACAAUUCAAAGAUGCUAUACUCGUUACAUUGUGCUAUCUGAUUUUGAGUAUUUCUUUACAUUGCUGGGGAGCGAUAUCGAGAUGGAACGAUCCUGCUAAGAUGCCAUCUUCAGUCGGAUACCAAAUACUCUAUGCUUUUCAGAGGACAUAUAAAUGAAACAACUUUUUAUUUAUAUCACUCCUGGAACUUUUGGUGCAUCUUUUGUUCAGUUUAUUCCAACAAUACAGAAGUAAUGAAAAAACUUUACUUACUGACCACCUAGUGUUUAAAAAUCGGUCAACUUGUUGUUCUAUAUAUUUUAUGUGCUGGUUUAUCCUUUCAGUGAACUCAGUAGCUGAGUAGAUAACGCGAUGACGUUUGAAGUGAAUGAUACUUGGUUCGAGUCCCAGAGUGAACAUCAUCUCUCUGAGAUGCAGGUUAUUCUUUCAGUAAAUCAAUACUGAUCCUUCACAAAACAAUAUAAAAUUGUUAUUCAUUUUAAUUCCUUUCAUAUAAUAAAAUUUCAGUCUAAAUGGUGAUUGAAAAAUAUGAUUAUUUAUUGUAAUGUUCUCAUAACAUGUAAUAACCAUCUUAUCCGUGUAUCUUACUUAAAUGUUCAAUGUCUAAAUUAAGCUUCAUAUACUUUUGGUUAAUGGUCAUUAAUUAGACAGGAAAACCUUCAGUAUUUAUAAUGAACAUAAUUUCCUAAACGUAUUAUUUGACUAAAUUGUUUCAACUAUGAAAUAUAUUUCAACCUUUCCAGAUAGAUCUAUUUUGUGCAGUUGAAACAAGUUAUCUGAAGUUCAUUAUCCAACUUAAAUCAAUAAUCGGAUACUGUAUUUAAUUAAUGAUCAUUGGUAAAACUUUAUACAAAUACAGUGAGUUGUUU